AUGGAUUUCUUAAACCCAGUCCGCCAUGAUCCUUUCAGUGAUGACAGCGAGGAUAUUCCCACAGUGAACCUCGAAGAGGUAGACUCACUCGAGGCCAUUGUCAUCAUUGACAAUGAGCUAGAUCCGCUCUCACCCCCGGCGCCAGACACGGUGCAGCUCACUGGAAACCUGGGAACUAUCGCGCUGAGCUCCCGGCAUACAUUGACUGAUCGUGGAGAGGCAUGCAAGGAACUAAGACUGGGAGAUGUUUGCUGCGCAGCCCAUGGCCUGUCAAUCCUUGUGACAGCCACGAAAGGCGAUAAGAGCCAUACUAUUCUUUUCGAUGCUGGUCCUGAGGAGGAUGCAUGGGAACGGAAUGUGAAACGGCUCCGACCAAAUCUCUCUUCGGUGGAAGUAGUCCAACUAUCUCACUGGCAUCGAGACCACUCCGGGGGACUUCUGCGAGCGAUCCACAUGAUAAACAAAGCCAGACAAGCAGAGAACCGCUCCGACGAACUCGUUGUGGACUUGCAUCCAGAUCGACCGGUAUACAGAGGUAUUGCUUUGCCGGAACAUAUCAUAUCUCUCGAAGCAGACCCGACCUUCGAGGAACUAGAAGCCGCAGGUUCCUUCGUUGACAAGAGAAGUGAGCCACACACUGUGCUAGAUGACUUCUUUCUCGUCUCCGGGGAGAUCCCGCGAGUCACGCCGUACGAGACCGGUCUGCGAAAUGCAGUACGAUAUGAUCCCGAUGAGAACGAUUGGUUCUCUGAUGAAAGCAUUACCGACGAACGGUCUCUCAUCUGCAAUCUGAAGGGCAAAGGCCUGGUCGUGUUCACAGGGUGCAGCCACGCAGGUGUAGUAAACACAUCAAAACACGCCGUGCAACUCACCGGUGGAACAGUCCCUCUCCAUGCCGUAGUUGGUGGAUUCCAUCUCGCCAUGAGCGAGCCAGAUCACAUCGAGAGCACAGUAACCGACUUGAAAAAACUCGAUCCGGCUGUCCUCAUGCCAGGCCACUGUUCAGGCUGGCGAGCCAAGUUCGCCAUUGAGAAACACAUGCCUGGCUCGAUGGUGCCGUGCACUGUAGGGUCGAGAAUCGCAUUCUGA